AAAGGAAAGCUGGACGUCAUCGAUAAGACAAAAACCGCUAGAUUUUGACUCGUGGGUUGUUGCUUAUCUCAGAAUUACAAAUGGAUCAAAUGGACACCAAUAUUUUGAAGGAGCCGAGAGGUUUUCUCAGGGUUCUUCAGUUUGUCUUUGCAAUAUGCGCGUUCGCUACGACAACAAAUUUUGGAAGCUCGUUUAGUUUCCUUGUUAAAUGCAAGAAUGAAACUAUGGGGACUACUAAAAUCACUCAAAACAUUGAAUAUCCAUUCAGGUUCGACCACAUAAUAGUAAAUGAAAAGGCUUGUGGCAACAGCUAUACUUUCUCCUAUUUUGGUGAUUACUCAUCUGAUGCUGAGUUUUUUGUUGCUGCUGGAGUCUUGGCUAUGCUUUACUCUCUUGCAUCUCUGGGAUUUUAUUGUUUCUUUGGUGGCAACUAUCAAACUAAUAAAACCUUUCCUCUUGUGGAUUUUCUAAUAACAAUGGUGAUUGCUGUUUUCUGGCUGUCAGGAAGUGCUGCCUGGGCUUCUGGUGUCUCUGCUGUAAAAUAUGUCUCUGAUCCCAAUUCCUGGAUUAAGACUAUGGAAAUUUGCAUGAAAAAUGGGGAUUGUACCGCGGUGUUUGCUGGAAAUUUUGCUGGUCUCAACAUAUCAAUCAUAUUUGGAUUUCUGAAUUUUUUCCUCUGGACUGUUAAUCUUUGGUUCCUCUACAAAGAAACGUCGUGGUUCCAGCAAGAUAAUCCCGCAUCCGCCGCUGGAGCAGGUGGAGUGUCACCCAUUUAAUAUGCCAAUUAAUCUCACUAAUAUAAUGAGCGGAGGACGUUCAGUAUUUGUCUCAUUGGUAGUGUGCGUUCGUUUGUGUGUGUAGGAAAGAAAGAUCUGACUCGUUCUUCGGGUAUUUAAGUGCGCUAAUGAAUAGGGAAAUACCGCACAUCUCUUUACAAAUCGAUUAAAUCAAUCAAUAGCAUGUUGUUUCUUUUCUUACGUUGGUUUUCCGAAAGACUUAUUCCAUCUUCUCAAAUACACGGAGCAUCCAUUAACUAAUUAA